UGCUGUACUGUAUUGCUUCCAAACUGCCAUUAUAUUUUGAGGGAAAACGUAAAACCAUGACAGCGAAAGUCACGGUCACCUCCACAGAAACUAUCAAACCAACUUCACCAACUCCCCACCACUUAAAAGCCCACAAGCUCUCCUUUCUUGAUCAGCUCCAUCCUACCAUCUUCAGUCAUGUUGGCCUUUACUAUCUCGUGGACGAAUCCCUUUCCCCGCCUAACGUCGCCGAUAUAUUGAACCGAUUGAAGGAAUCACUCUCGAAGGCCUUAACCCUCUUUUACCCCCUCGCCGGAAGAAUCAACAUUGACCGACGCUCAAUCGAUUGUAACGACGAGGGGUUGUAUUACUCGGAAGCCCGAGUUAAUUGCCAUCUAUUGGACUUUCUCAGGAAACCGGAUCUAGACUUGCUAAACGAUUUCUACCCUUGCCAUCCGACUAAGCCCGAACCGUUUGCAAAAAUUUACCCGGUUAUGAUUCAAGUGAAUAUUUUUGAAUGCUCUGGGAUUGCUAUUGGUUUGUGUCUUUCACAUAAAAUCCUUGAUGGAAUCUCAACUAGUUCGUUUUUGAAAGGUUGGGCUUCUUGCUCUCGCGGGUGCUUCGAAAGUGUCUCUCCUUCUUUUAAUGCGGCAUCUCUGUUCCCAGCAAAUAAUAAUCUUCCGAUGGACUCCAUAGCUUCCCUGGGAAGAUCCAUGAUCAAAAUGGGAAAUUCAGUCACGACGAGAUUCCUUUUUGAUUCAUCAGCAUUAUCGGCUCUCAAGAGUAAAGUUGAUAUGGGAGAGGGUAUUCGGUCCCCAUCUCGAGUUGAAGCUGUGACCGCAUUCAUUUGGAAAUGUGCCAUGUCUGUUUCUAAAGCAAAAUCAGGAAUCCGAAAACCGUCUGUUCUAUCCCAUGCGGUGGAUUUACGAAGAAGAAUGGUGCCUCCUAUGGAAGAAUACUCCAUGGGGAAUCUCCUUUGGAUUCCAAGUUCACACUGCGGAAGCGAAGAUGAGAUAGAGCUGAAUUCCCUAGUUGGUAAGCUCAGGGAAACAAUCACAGAAAUCGAUGCUGAUUUCGUUAGAAAACUACAAACUGGGGAUGGGUUGUCCAUAAUUUCUAAGAAUGUGGAAGAGAUGGCUGCAUUAUGCUCCAAGGGUCCAGUGGAUUAUUACGGGUUCACCAGUUGGUCCAGAUUCGGAAUCUAUGAAACUGAUUUCGGGUGGGGAAAACCCAUCUGGGUUAGUAGUCACAAGAUAACAGGAUCGAUGUUCAUGAAUUUGGUCCAUAUGCUGGAAACAAGAGAGGGAGAUGGGAUGGAAGCAUGGAUAACACUGGAUGAACCUGAGAUGGCAAUGCUACUAGAUCAUCAGGAGUUCCUAGAAUUCGCCUCCGUGGAUCCAAGUCCACUUAACUGAUCGAGCAGCCUUAUUUUCCAUUUAUUCGCCUCACUUAC